AUGGUGAGAUUAGUUUUCAUGCUGUUUGUUGUUGCUGCGAAUUUUGUCAUGAUCGAUUGUACAACACGUAUUGGUUAUAUUUACAACGCAACAUAUGUUUCUAACGAUACUAUUACUGUUAUCACAUACAGAAAUACAUGCUCAGAAUGUAUUUGCUAUGCAUUUUUUUCAAAUGUAUCAUCAUCGUAUGUAGGAUUGAAUUGCUACAAAAGUAAUAAAACUUGUGUUUUAUUUGCCAACUAUUCAACACCAUCAACAAUGAAUAUGAAUCUUAACUCAACAUUUAUAUUCAUAAAGAAACCACCAACACAGAAUACGACCGCAGGCCAUACCGUAGCUGGUGACGGAACGUCAGGUACCGGUCCAACGCAAUUCGAUCAAGCUUUAGACAUUUAUGUCGAUCCACUCAAUAGAAGCGUCUAUGUCGCAGAUUUUAUUAAUAACCGUAUACAACUCUGGGUCGCAAACGUGACUGUCGGAAAAACAAUUGUCAGCGAUCCAACUUUGUGGAAUCCCUAUUAUGUCAGUGGGGUUCAGCUUGACGCACAGGGUCAAAUUUAUGUAUCAGAUUAUUACAAUAGUCAAGUCACUCGCUGGUCACGGAAUGGCACCUAUGAGAUAGUUGUUGCUGGGACUGGAACGUAUGGUUCAGAUAAUCAGACUCUUUCUUAUCCCAUGCAGACAGAUCUUGAUGCUAACGGCACAUAUCUCUACAUUGCCGACUGCAACAAUCAUCGUAUACAAAAAUGGAAAUUACCAAAGAACGGCAGUGCACCACUGACAGCAGGAAUAACAGUCGCAGGUGGAAACGGAGCGGGUUCGACAGCAAAUCAAUUGGAUAGUCCGUUCGGAGUGUAUGUAUCGAAGAAGACGGGCGCCAUUUAUGUUGCUGAUACGAACAACCAUCGUAUACAACGUUUUGCAGUGGGAGACACUCAAGGUGUUACAGUAGUCGGUAUUAGCGGAUCAGCUGGAGCCGGCCUGAAUCAAUUGAAUACACCAGCAGGUGUCGCUCUCGAUCCUAAUGAGACUUAUAUUUAUGUUGCCGACCAAGCAAAUCAUCGGGUUCAACGCUUUAUCUUAUAA